AUGAUUCUUUCAAGUAAGCUCACAUUCAUUGCACUAUCCACAAUCAUCCAGGCAGUCUAUGCUGUCGAUCUACAAAUAUCUGAUAAGGAUUCCAUCUGUAGCGCUGCCAGUCUUGUGGCGGACGGGAUGAUGAACUAUUAUAGUGGGUCUCAAUAUGGUGGUACUGUUGGGAUGUUCCAACCUCCUUACUACUGGUGGCAAGCUGGCCAUGCCUUUGGUGGGUUAUUAGACCAUUGGUACUAUUGUCAAAAUACCACUUAUGAAAAUGUCUUGUAUAGUUCAUUGAUUGCCCAAACUGGUACAAAUUAUGAUUAUAUUCCAAAGAAUCAAUCAACAACUGAAGGUAAUGAUGAUCAAGGGUUUUGGGGGUUAUUCGUCAUGGCCGCUGCUGAAAGAAAUUUCACUGAACCUCAUGGUGAUGAUAAAAAAGUUCCAAGUUGGUUAACAAUGUCUCAAGCUGUUUAUAAUACAAUGUGGAAAAGAUGGGAUAGAGAAAAUUGUGGUGGUGGUUUAAGAUGGCAAAUUUUCACAUGGAAUUCAGGUUAUAAUCAUAAAAACACCGUGAGUACUGCUUGUCUUUUCCAUAUGGCUGGUAGAUUAGCAAGAUUUACUGGUAAUGAUAGUUAUGCUGAGGUUGCUGAUGAAGUUUAUCAAUGGUUAAUCGAUGCACAUUUCUUGGAGGAAGCUGAUGCAGCAAGAGUUUAUGAUGGUGCUGAUAUUGCUGAUAAUUGUUCAAAUGUUGUCAAACUGGAAUGGACUUAUAAUUAUGGUUUAUUAUUAGGUGGUGCUGCUUACUUAUACAAUGCCACACAAGAAGAUAUUUGGAUGCACAGAGUUCAAAAUUUGGUUGAAGGUUCAAAAGUGUUUUUCAACAAUUCAAUCAUGUAUGAAAGAGCUUGUCAAGGUGGUGGAACCUGUAAUACUGAUCAACGUUCAUUCAGAGCUGUUUUCUCAAGAGCUUUAGGUUUAACUUCAUUACUUGUUCCAUCAUUAUAUGAUGAUAUCCGUCCAUUACUUGAAAAAUCCGCUUCAGCUGCUGCUAAAUCUUGCUCUGGUGGUACUGAUGGUAUAACUUGUGGUCAAGAUUGGACUGUAAAUGGUUGGGAUAAUAAAUAUGGGCUAGGUGAACAAAUGGCUGCUUUAGAAGUGAUGUUGUCGUUAUUACCUGGUACAAUGCCAGCUCCAUUAGAUCAUAAUGAUUCUGGUGUUAAUACAACUGGUGAUUAUAAUGCUGGUUUAGAUUCAAAUACAAAUCAAUUGGAUCAUGAACCAUUGAAUAUUCAAACUAAAGAUAAAGCCGGUGCUGCAAUCAUCACAGCUGUUGUGCUGUUUAUCAUCAUAUUGGGUGCUAUUUGGAUGAUCAUAUGA